AUGGCCUACACACCAGAGCAGGUCGUAGGAGUUGCAGGGAGCUCUGUUUUCUUGAAAGCAACCCCCCCUCCCAACUUUCACGUCCGGGAAACCAUCUGGCGUUCCCUGAUGCCUUCAGAAGAGUUGGUGGCCACCUUGUACAAGGGAAAAGCGGAGAUCCAGUAUCAGUCCCGCUUCUACGGAAGGACUCGACUCCACGAUAACUUCACCUUAGAGAUCCAUCCCGUGGAUUUGGAAGAUGCCGGGGUCUUCUCCGUUCUCCUGGUGGACACCACAGGAAAGAUGAAGCAACAGGCGUUUGGCCUGAAGGUUUACGAUACGGUUUCUACGCCAGUUAUCCGGGUGUUUACCGAAGAAAGGGACGUCAAUAGCUCCUCCGAAUCCUGUACGCUGUUUCUGACCUGCUUUGCGGCGAGCAGGACUAACGUCACUUACGACUGGGCCGGGCUGGGGGGCCAGAGCGGGCCAAGGCCGAAGCACUGGCUGAUGGAGGAGGGCCGAGUGCUACGGAUCAAGCUGGACCCCGAGCGAGACCUUCAGGCAAGCUACACCUGCACGGCUUUUAACGCAGUUAGCCGUAAAUCAGCGGCCAUCGACCUCCGGGACACCUGCCAACGAGGUUCAGAAGGUAAGACAGAGACGGGACUGAGGUUCAGGGAUGUCCUCUUGAUCGUAAUCCCGGUGGCCUCCUUCUUCUUCUUGCUGGCAGCCCUUUUGUGCGUGUGCUACAAACAGCGCUCCGGAAAGAAAAUGUCGUACGCGGUUCCGGGAAAUGAACCGAUCCCUCUUUAGCUAAUGGGAAACGUUGACCUUGGAUCUGUGGCUCCGGCGGAGAACGUGGAGGGGGUUUUGUGGGAACGUGCAACGUGUAAAACUGGGAAGAAGUUGCGUUUUGAGGAAGGAAUGUCCCUUCUACUCACCCUUGGGGCAUUUUGAAGAACGUUACGGAUGACGAUGAUGAUGAAGAUGAAGAUGAUUUGCUUGGAAUUCUGCUGAGAAGGACUUUCUGAAAGUUGAAAGUCACUGUCCAGCUGUGUGAACUACAAUUCCCAGAGUUCCCCAGCCAGCACAGCCACUGCCAAGAAUUCUGGGAGCUGGAGAGUGCCCUCCAGGUCUGCGAACUACAAAUCCCAGAGUUCCCCAGCCAGCACAGCCGUUGUUGCGAAUUCUGGGAGUUGGAGAUUGCCCUCCAGGUUUCUGUGGUACAACUCCCAGAGUCCCCCAGCCAGCACGGCCACAGCUGAGAAUUCUGGGAGUUGAAGUCCAGUGUCUGAAGAACUUCCCAGGCUGUGCUUAAGCAUAAACCUCGUUUACAAACUACAACAGCUGGAUUCAACACACACACUAAGCCCAAGCAGAUCCAAGCUAGCAGGUUGAGUGAAACCAGCUUGGAUGUGCAAAGGAAACCAAGAUGAAUGUGAAGAAAGGAGUUUGCUUCGGGAACAAAUCAUGUUCUUCAAAAUCUAGAACAGUGCUUC